AUGCGCUGGGCGAGAGGUCGACAUGAGACGUACUUGUGCUUUGUGGUGAAGAGACGGCUCGGACCAAACUCUGAGUCCUUCGACUUCGGACACCUACGCAACCGAAGCGGCUGCCACGUCGAGAUGCUGUUCCUGCGUUACCUGGGUGUGCUGUGCCCUGGUCUGUGGGGAGGCCCUGGGCAGAGCAGACCCCUGAAUUACUCCAUCACCUGGUUCUGCUCCUGGUCUCCUUGUGCCGACUGCUCCUCCAAACUCACACAGCUCCUCACUCAGACUCCAAACCUGCGGCUCCGCAUCUUCGUCUCCCGCCUUUACUUCUGCGACCAGGAGGAGAGCCUGGAGCGAGAGGGUCUGAGGAUGCUGACAAGAGCAGGAGUGAAAAUAACAGUCAUGAAAUAUAAAGACACGCGUCGCUCCGCGGGUCACGUGGUGUCCACACGGCUCAUCCCGCUCCACGCUCACAGCCCGUCGUUUAUCCGCCACCGAAGAGUCAAGAUGGCGUCCGAGGGUCAGUCUGAGUACGAGUCUGUGCUCUGUGUAAAACCUGAGGUCAACGUGUACCGGAUUCCCCCGCGAGCAUCCAACCGGGCCGUGAGAGCUGCAGACUGGAAGCUGGAUGCCCCAGACUGGCAGGGCCGCAUGCGGGUGACAGCGCGGGGGAAAAUGGCCUAUGUGAAACUGGAGGACAAGAUCUCUGGAGAGUUAUUCGCGCAGGCACCGAUAGAUGAAUUCCCCGGCAUCGCAGUCGAAACAGUCAGUGACUCCAGCCGCUAUUUUGUGCUUAGAAUCCAAGAUGAAAGUGGUCGCAGCGCAUUCAUAGGUGUUGGAUUCGGAGACAGAGGAGAUGCCUUUGACUUCAAUGUCGCACUUCAAGACCAUUUCAAAUGGGUCAAACAGGACAUUGAGUUGUCAAAACAGGCACAGGCUCCAGACACAACUCCUAAACUGGAUUUGGGAUUUAAAGAAGGCCAGACAAUAACUUUGAAUAUUGGGCAAUCCAAGAAGAAGGAUCGAUCUCGUCCGCAGAGCUCUGGUGGUCUGGGGCUGCUCCCACCGCCGCCUGGAGGAAAACUGGCCCCGCCCCCAUCUUCAAGAACCACUAAUCACAACACACAGCCGGCAACUACAGGAAGUGAUGCAGGCUUUUUACUGGAUCUAGAUUCCAACAGUUCAAAUUCAUUCACUGCGUCGAACACCGGCUCCACAGCGGCCUCAGAUUUGUGGGGAGAUUUCGACUCCGCGCCUCCCAAGUGA